AUGUUUUGUGAUGUGCCUGCCACCAGAAAAAUCCUUGAGAGUGAUCGCACUCUUACUCCCUCAGGAUUUAGCCCAAUGACUGUUGAAUUCCAAGCAAUCUUGGUUGUGGUGGAAAAAGGCAAGAAAGGGGGAAGAGGGUCGAAGAAAGCUACCAAGAAGGACGCUGCUAAAGAAGGAUCAUCAGAGGGUGCGAAAACUCCAUCGAAAAAGCGAAAGGCUCCUGUUGCUUCUACUGAUGCACCAAAGAGAAGAAAGCAAAAUGCUAAAAGAAGAAAAUAUCCCAUUUCUUCUCCAUCCCAAAGUGAAGGCGAACGUUCUGAAUCCGACUCUGAGUCGGAGAUUCACAUUGAGGAGAAUCAUCCAGUUUGCACUGAAGAUCAAGGGCCAGUUCGUAAUGAGGAGGAUAAACACGUUCACAACGAACCUGCUAUUCUCACCAAAGUGCCAUCCCAGAAUCAUGAGGUAACUCCACCACUCAAUGAUUAUGUUCCUUCUCCUCCUCCCUCACCAAAAAUAACCACCUCUACACCAAUUACUAUUGCAUCUUGUCAUCCACCUGUUUCAUCUCAACCACCGACAUCUAUUACAGUUUUAGUCCCUAUCUUCACAGAGUCCACCAUUCCACCCAAAGCAUCUACUGCACCUAUAAGUUCAAUUAACAUAUCUGAUAUGGGGGCUAACACUUCAGGGUUUUCAAGACAUGUUACUCCAUCCAUCUCUCUCAUUCACACCGAUGACCUAUACAUGAUUUUUGGAGAUGAUGAAGACGAUAUGGGCAGAUUCACUUACAGUCCUUUUCAAUUCAGGAUUGAUAGUGAAGAUGAAGCCUCUGCUACGAAAGGGGAACUUAAGUCUCAUCACGAUAAGAUCGACCAACUGAUUCUCGCAUCCAAGGCUUCUUCUUCUGAAACUUACUCCAAAGAAGCUGUGGAGUCCAUUCUUGAGCGGGUCAUAAAGGAACAUGCAACAAAUGCCUCUACUAUGACCAAGAAUACCUACGACUCCAGCACCUUCACUGCGAACAAGGCCAUUCAGAAUGUUAGUGCCAUUUUUAAAGCAGAAAGGGAAAACUUUGUUGAACUUCGCAAGGAGUUUCAAUCUGAUAAUCAAGCAUUCCAGUCUUCCACUGAUGCGAAGAUCUCAAAGCUUCAGGAGGAACUGGCAUUGGAGAGAAAAAUAAUGGAUGCUCUUGCCAUCAAAGAAGAAAAAUCUCCAGUCAAUCCUCUUGUCAUCAAGAAAGAACCCAAGUGUAAAGAAAAGCUAUUUAAUGAUGAACCCAUUAUUGAUGAUGAAGGAGACGAAGAGCCUGAUGAAGCUGAGCUUAAAAGGCGGAAGACUUGUGAGGCAGAGUUGGACGAAAAUGCUCACAUCGUCAGAAAGGCAUCAUAA